UUAUAAAUUGAGGAGUCUGGGGGCAUCGGUGAGCAUACAAUAGAGAGAGAGAGAGAGAAAAGGGAUGGAGAUAUGGGUGGUGGCGCUAUGGAUAGCAGGUGCUUUAGGGUGUGUGACAUGGCUGCUAAAGAGGGCCAACGGGUGGCUGUACGAAACUCAUCUCGGAGAAAUGCGCCACUCUCUUCCGCCGGGUGAUCUGGGCUGGCCUUUCAUCGGCAACAUGCUCCCCUUUCUUCGAGCUUUCAAGUCCCCCGAUCCUGAAUCUUUCAUGCGCAACCUCACCGCCAGAUACGGAGGUGGAGGAGUGUACAAGGCGUUCAUGUUUGCGAAGCCUAGUGUGUUGGUGACGAGCCCAGAAGCAUGCAAACGAGUGUUAACAGAUGACGAAGCAUUUAAGCCUGGUUGGCCCAGCUCCACCGUCGACCUCAUCGGCAAAAACUCAUUCGUUGGCAUAUCUCACGAAGACCACAAGCGUCUUCGCCGCCUCACUGCAGCUCCUGUCAACGGACACGAGGCUCUUUCCCUCUAUUUGCAAUACAUUGAGGAUAAUUUCAAAUCUUCACUGGAACAAUGGUCCACCAUGGGCGAGAUCGAGUUCCUGACCCAGGUCAGAAAGGUCACUUUCAGGAUCAUUAUGUACAUCUUCCUGAGCUCCGAGAGCAACUCCGUCAUGGAGGCUUUAGAGAGGGAAUACACAGCGCUUAACUAUGGUGUGAGAGCCAUGGCCAUCAAUCUUCCUGGGUUUGCAUACCAUAAAGCACUCAAGGCCCGCAAAAAGCUUGUGGCUAUAAUACAAUUAAUAGUGGACGCACGCAGAGCAGAGAGGAGCUGGUCAAAAAAGAAAGACAUGCUGGAUGCUCUGUUGGAUGUUGAGGAUGAGAAGGGCAGAAAAAUGAGCGACGAUGAAAUCAUCGACGUACUGGUGAUGUACUUGAAUGCAGGUCAUGAAUCUUCCGCCCAUAUCACUAUGUGGGCUACUGUGUUUCUUCAGGAGCAUCCCCAAUUUCUUCACAAGGCCAAGCAAGAGCAAGAAGAGAUCCUAAAAAGGAGGCCGCCCACGCAAACGGGAUUGAGCCUAAAAGAAGUUCGAGAGAUGGAUUAUCUUUCUAAGGUGAUUGACGAAACACUUCGUUUGAUUACAUUCUCCCUUGUGGUUUUCCGAGAGGCAAAAUCCAAUGUCAAUGUAAACGGAUAUAUGAUACCCCGGGGCUGGAGAAUUCUGGUGUGGUUCAGAAGUGUUCACUUUGAUCCUGAAAUCUAUCCAAAUCCAAAGGAAUUCAAUCCUUCAAGAUGGGAUAAUCAUACAGCGAAAGCAGGGACUUUCCUUCCCUUCGGAGCAGGAAGCAGGCUGUGCCCUGGAAAUGAUCUUGCAAAACUUGAAAUUUCCGUCUUUCUGCAUCAUUUUCUCCUUAAUUAUAAGCUUGAACGUCUAAAUCCUGAAAGUACAGUCAUGUACCUGCCUCAUUCAAGACCAAAAGACAACUGCUUGGCAAGAAUCAAGAAAAUUUAGAAUCAUGUAUAAGACUAUUCUUGCUCCUUAAUAAACAUUAAUAAAUGAUUUCUGCACUCAGUCA